AUGGAAGAACUUAGUCAUACUGCACAGCCCUCCUCUAGAAGAGGCUCAAGGGAAGUGAAGACUAAUGAAAGACAAAAGCGCACAUUCAGCGGACUCUUCACAGAGAGAACCCGCCAUUUUGAUGUGACACCAGAUAGACAUUGCGCUCGUCAAGAUAUUUUAAAUUCUGUAAUUAAGAGGACACAGUCUAUAAUGGAUCAAGUUGAUUCUAAUCCACUCUAUGAAGAUCCUAGGGAUGUAAUAAAUAAAAAACCUGUUAAACCUCCAAGGAAACAUAAUAUCCAGGCUGUUGCCUUAACUUCACCUCAUACGAAAGAAGAGUCUAGUAAGGAUCAUAGAAGAAAACUAUCACAAAAAUAUGAGAGCCUCAUUACGGCUCUAAUGGAAAAAUGUGAAGAGAACUUAGCUAUGAUUGCAGAAAAAGAUUCUCAUAUAUCAAAGCUAAAGGAAAAACUGAAGGCAAUAUUAGGCUACAACAGAUUAUUUGCAGAUGAAAACGACAGAUUGAAGAAUGAAUAUGAUACACUGGUGAAAUACGUUGAGGAGUGUAAGAAAGUGAUUCGAGAAGAAAGGGCAAGAACGGUGAUUUUGGAGAAAAAGUGUAAACAGCUGGAGGAUAAAGUUAAGCAGUAUGAGAUGCCUGAUAAAGAACACCCGGAGCAUGCAAUUCCACUGGUCGAAGUAUGUAUGAGCUGCAGUAGUCGACAGAUUGUACUUAAUCACAGCAGGGAACACAAUUCAAGACUUCAUAAAGACUUGCAGGCUAUGAAGGAUGUUCUUUACCGGUUGAACGUUCAAUUAUCUCGAUAUCAAGAGAAGUUACGGUCCAAUCAAAACAUAACAACAGAUUGUAAUGACAUGACGACGAAAGAUAAAUACGAAACUUUCGACUCUUUAAUCACUACCAAUUUUGCCCAAAAACACGAUGAUGAAAAAGAGGGUAGUCAAACAAAAAAUCCAGACGACGUAAACACUAGUCGUUUUGUCGAUUUAUCCGGACUGUUAAGUGCACAGGCUUUAGCUCCUCUGUUCGACGCCUAUCAAGAAAACCUUCAAGAAAAAGACAAUCUUAUAUUAGACUAUGAAAAACAAUUCGAAAGCAUGAAUAAGAAGUCUAAGCAAAUUGUCACAGAGAACAAAUCAUUAUUGGAAAAGCUAUCUAACUUAGAAACGGAGUUGGCAGGAGUGAGACAGAGCUAUAAAAAAGUCAUGGUCGAGAAAGAGACGGGUGAUAUUGAGAGAGCUUCGCUUUUAGACAGGGCUGAAAGGGCGGAGUCUAAAUUAAAGGAGGUUUAUGAACUGUAUGAAGAUAAAAUGGCAGCCAUGAUGCGCGAUUACGAGACGGUACAUCGCGAAUAUUUCACUGUGAAAACCGCCCUUGAAGCUUCUACAGGCAAGAUGGCGCAGUUGGACGUAUUAAGGGCCAGGACAGUGCCUGCUGAUUUGCAUGAGAGAAGAUUGGAGGAUUGUAAGCGAUUGUUGGAGGAACUAAAACACCAGUACAGCAUGGACUCGGAACGAAAAAAUGAACAAAUAAAAAAACUACAGGAAGACUUGAGUCUUGGAGAAGAGAGGUGUAGCAAGGUAUGUCAGCAACUUGAAACCGCACAAGAUGAGUUGAAAGCAGCUCUCAAGAAUGUCAAGUUGUAUCGUCGCGCAGCGGUUGUGUUCCGCAAGAGGGCGCACUCGGCCAGCGCACGCGCAGUCCGGGCUAAACGUUGCAGAAAGGACGCGCAAAACGAACCACUGAAACAGGCGUUAGCGGCACUGGAAAAAAUUAAAACUGAGAUAAAGGUGGUAAAAGCCCGUGCAUAUACGUCGCUUGAGGAGCUGGAACGUCGCAUCGUCUCCCAAGAGCGCAGAGCGACGCACGCGCAGGCGGAGUACAAACGGUCGUUGGAGCGUGCCUCUCUCGCUCUACAGCACAAGGAGGAGAUAAUACGCUCUCUUAUUGACAAAGUCGCUGAUGUGGAGGAGGUUCGUUUAAGUCAAACAAACGCCCAUCGUCUCCAAGGCAUCGUGACGUCAUCAUCAGACUCCUCCAAAACCCACGAUGAGCCGAAGGAAGAACAAAAAAUAAAACUUGUUCCCGGUCCUGGAGGAUAUUUCAAAGAAGAGGGUAGAAAGAAAAAGAAUGCAGAUCUUGGAAUCUAA